AGAUUUACAGUGUUGUUUUAAGGUCUAGUCUAAUUGCUGUCUGAUCGGUUUUUAUCGGAUGUAAUUUAGUUAUGUAAAUAUUCGCAAGGAAACAGAAUUUCUUGGUUAUGCUUUAGACUCUCAUGCAGUUUAGCUGUCUAACGGUUUACAAGCCAGAGCUACACAUAGUGUAAACAUGUCAAUAAUGGAUAUUAAAAAAAGUUUACACACCUCAAUUAAAAAGAAGGAGCUAAGAUGUGAGAGGUUUUAGCACCCACAAAAAUUCAAGUUGUAAAAUUGCACAACUAUGCAAACGCUUUCUAAUUAAUACUUUUUUUGUAAGAGCCAUUUAUUUGCCUUAUUUACAUGUUGCCUUUAUUAACCUUUUGCUUUCUGGAGAUGUGCGCCCUCUCCUGGACAGGUGAUGGUGGUCUGCUGGGAGAACAUGGUCUUUAGACCUUGUCUUCUGUUUUUCUGUUUGAUUUAAGAGUUUGCGUUCUCCUUUUUUGUGCAUAAGUAUAUAAUAAAAUGGAAAUUCACCCCUGAAGUGCAGCCUUGUGAACAGCAAGGUGUUUUAAGAGAAAGGAUUGCACUCUAAAACCUCAGCAGACUCAAGAACUGACAACGAUAGCAAUUUGACAAAGAAGUGAAACUAUAACUUUGUUAAAGUACGUUUUGCUUGUAAUACCGCACGCUUUGUUUUUGGUUGUUUCUGAAAACCUAUGUUCUGUCUUGUUUUUUGAUAAUGCCCAAAAAAAUCAACUUUGAUUUCAUCAGACAACAACACAUUUAGCCACAUGGUUUGAGGUGUUUAGUUCAACUUGAAUGUUUUUUUUUUUUGUUUUUGUUUUUGCGAGUCACCCUUCCCCAUAAGUCCAGACAACAGGACUUGACAGAUAUUCCUUAAGCUCCUUUAAUGCUGCUGUAGGUCUCUUGGAAUCCUCCCGGAGAAUUUUCAUCUUGUCCUUUCAUCUGUUACGGAGAGACGUCUUAUUCUUUGUGAUGCUUUUUCCCUCUGUUUGUUGAUGACCUUCACAUUGUUCCAUGGUAUAUUUAAUAUGCUGUAGAUUCUUUUGUACCCUUUCCUGAUUAAUGCCUUUCCACAGUGAGUAGUGAUCAACUGUAUUUCAUUAUCCUAAUUUUUCUAACCAUGCUAUGAUUUAUAUUUCCAUCAGAUGCCAUAGAUGUAAGAAAACAUGGCUGCUUAAUGUAGAUUAGUCUUCUGAAAUUGCUACUAGGAUGAACUGGGAUAAUCAAUUGAGUCACAUUAUCUCAGCAGCCGAUGGAAGUGUUGCAAAAAUACGUGAACGCCUUGCUAUGCCCGGAAGGCUUUCCAGAGAAAGAGAAGAUGUGUAUCCAGUGAGGGAUCUGAGUCAUGCUUCGGCUUUGGAGCUUCCUGUACAUCUUAGUGGUGCUGUUCAAUGGAAUGACCUGGCAGCUGUACAGGCCCAGCUUCAUAACCAGCGCCAGACAAUUGAGUCCUUAACUCAGAACCUGAGGUCGGUGGAGAGAGAGAGAGAUGCUCAACAAAGACAAAUACAGACAUUGCAAGAGGAGAUGAGGAGGCUCCGGGAAAGACUGGAGGACCGGGAGAAGGAGAGAGAAAGGAAGCAGGAUAUCGAGGAAGACAAGGUCCCUGCAGUAGCGAUAAGGCUAGAGCAGUGGAAAAGGGAAGUGGGACGCGAGUUGAGCGCCCUGAGAGGCCACAUCGACAGGGUCACGUCUCUAGGCAACCGGGAGGAAAGUUUCAGCUCUAAACUGUGCAGGGAGGAAGUGGAACAGCUCAGGAGAGAGGUGGACCUGCUGAAAAUCAAGCUGAUGAGGUAUGAGGAGGACAUGUAUCAGCAGCAGUCUGAAGCAAGAGAAACGAUGAGGCAGUGCGAGCGCAGCUGCAAGACAUUGGAAACCGUCUCUGAUGCUUACCAUACAAAUGGCUUUGAGCUUUCCAGAAUCAUCUCACGGUACCAGCACACACAGCAAGAUGUGAGAGAUCUCAGAUUUACAGUAUCUGGAUUGAAGGAUGAAGUGAGAAGCCUAAUUCUGAGAGACAGGUUCGACACACCUGCAGAAAUGCUGCGGAAAUCAAAUGCUUUGGAGGCAGCAGUUGCUGUGGAGACGAGUCCUCGGAGACAGUUGCUGUCAGACUCCGAUGAUGAAUUGAGCCCCACCCCCAGUCUCGGAGAUGUAAGCUCGGAUGACCUGGAUGCAUCCUGGCUCGGGGAAUCAGCUCCAAAACUAAGAAGUCAAGGACGGGUGGCACGCUCAAGCCUGUCAGGGAGUGAUAUCAGCAACACCGCGAGUGGACAUGGAAGGAACAAUAGUGACAGAGAUGGCAUAGUGCGAGGAGAUUCAGACAGUUCUCCAGAUCUUAGUCUCUGUGACCUUUGACGUUAGAAACUGAAAGUAAACAAUGAUAGCUGGCGUGAUUCUGACUUGCCAUGUGGUCAGGGGAAACAUUUGACACGUGAAGUAACACUAAUCCUGAAACAUCGACUCAAUCUUUUUCACUAAAAUACUUUGUUCUGAAGAAACGCACAGAUUCACAGUUGUAUUUUGCUUGAACGUGUAGCUCUGUGAUGAAAGCUAACAAUAGUAUGUGAUUAAAUGGAAUCUUUUAUACUUUUUCUUGUAUAAGUGGAAAAGGCACCAGUUCUAGAGGUCUUGUUUAGAAAUGACUGUGUAGGGUUUCUAGGUUAUAUUAACAGUAAACUUGGAUGUGUUACAAGAGUGGAAUGUUUGGUGAAACAUCACUUUGUCAUGACUCACCACAACUAGACAACAGAGGUGUGUUUUUCUCUAGUGUUCAUGUUGUACAUUGCUAUUUUACAGAGUUCAUCAUCUAGUAUUUUUUUAGCAGACCCAAUACCAUUUUAAGCAGUACAAAGAGUUUAAAAAAAAAACACAUGUAAAAAUCAAACACUGGUAAUUCUUUCCAUUUUGAGAGUUCCGUGUUAAUCAUCCUGAAGCAAUUUACAUGUGUUUUACUUUAAUAGUAGACUGUUUGCCAUUCCAUGUGUUAUUUUAUCAGCUUUGUUCAAGUGAAUCUAUUUUAAACUGUUUCUCAGACUGAAACACUGCUUCACGUGAGGUUAGACGAUGUGCACAGUGCCAGCUGCCAUGUGAGCAACCCACAUAUAAUUUCGGUUAUUUUCUUCCAUCUGUUUUGUGUCCAUUACUUUUCCCUUUUUCAGCCUCUAAACUACAGCAUGGAGACAGAGAAAGGUUUUUUGGAAAUGUAAAAAAAAUAAAAGCCCUAAUUGCCCCUUUUUAACCACUUAUUAAACAGUUUCUUGCUUAA